UAACACAUUAAUAACUGUAGCGGGUCAUAGGGAUCCAAGGCGUCCAACCCAUUGAAUUGCUCUCUCUCAGAUAUCCAUUGAAGCGCAUUCAACGUUCUCCAUUGAAGCGCAGUUGACGUUCCCGUUGAAUCUAGUUCUUGUAUCCCCCAUUGAAGCAGCUUCUGAGGAACACACUCCAGAAACAGAUAUGCUAGCUGACCAUUCUAAUGAUGACCAAAAGUGCAAAAUUAGAAGGCUAGAUCUCGCUGACAAAAACAAAGGUUUUAUAGAGCUGUUGCGUCAGCUGACAGUUUGCGACUCAGUCUCAGACAAGGAAUUUGAGGAUAGAUUUAAGGAGCUUGCCUCUGAGGGGGAUGACCAUAUUAUAUGUGUAGUAGAAGAUAAUGACACUGGAAAGAUUGUAGCAACAGGAAGUGUAUUCAUUGAGAAGAAAUUUAUUAGAAAUUGUGGUAAGGUUGGUCACAUCGAAGAUCUGGUAGUCGAUGCUAAUGCACGAGGGAAGCAAUUGGGUAAGAAAAUGAUUGAGUUCCUCACUAAACAUGCACGAUCAAUUGGAUGCUACAAAGUUAUCCUUGACUGUUCUACUGAGAACAAAGCGUUUUAUGAGAAAUGUGGAUUUAAGGAAAAGGAAAUUCAGAUGGUCAAGUAUUUCCCUUGGUGAGAGUUUUCCUUGUGUUUUCGUACUUCUUGCAUAUGUGUAUGCUUUACUGCAAUAAUAGUUGGGCAGGCUGAUUUUGACAGAUUGUAAUCAUCGUACAACACUCCAUGACUUCACCAUUUGAGGGAAUGGUCACAAUUUUUGUACUUUGUAUUAUUUUAAAAUACUCUAGUAAUAAAAUGACCAAAUUCGAGUUCUGAA